AUGAGACAAAUAACCGCCGCACGUAAGCCGCUGGCGAAGUUUCCGAUGACGGAGAAGCUUUACCCAGUGGUGUCGAAACAACGCGGCAAAGUCCAGGCUCGACCGCAGUACGUUAGUGAAGGCUUACUAGAUAAUAUUCUCGAGCGCGCAUCACCCUACCUUCGCCGAAACCCACCGGUAGACAUUCUAGACCUUUGGCCUGGGUGUGGUCUUUGGUCAUCUAAAGUGAAUGAACUUCUCCAACCACGCCGCCAUGUGCUUGUUGAACCAAAUUUGCAGUUUCACCGUCUUCUUGGACCGCUCGCCGAGACCAAGCCGUGUUAUAAGCUCGUCCAGGAACAUAUAUAUGGGAAAUUUGAUUGGUCCGGUUUCUUCGCAACUCAUCUUCCAGAACAAGGCCCUGGAAACCGAAAUACCUCUGACAUUAUACCGAAGAAUGAUACACUCCUCAUCCUGGCUAAUCUGCCUGAUGCUACCUCUGCUAUGGAUCAUUUCAAGCCCAGCCGCUGGUUUCUCAACUUCAUGAAUAGCUGCUUAAGUCAAACUGAUGUGAAUUUAUACGGGGCCGUCCGAGUCCUUGCCACAAUGCCCUCUAACGAAGUCCCCGUCAUCUUACCGCGGGCCGCUAAUGAGCGCACACGAACUGGUGUAUUCGCCGAGAGCAUAGGCUUACACAACAUAGAGCUUGCAAGUGCAGCUGAAUUUGACCGCUCUCAUACUUGGCGAGGCUGGGAUCACAUAAACAACGACAGGAAGAAUGUGGCUGAAAGAGCUGCAGCAAAUAAAAUUGUCACUCCACGCACCAGAGAGCUUCCUCCCGUGAAGCUAGUGCCCGAAAUUGCCCACCGCGGAAGAAAGGAUUUAGCAUAUGAGCCUCGAGUGUAUACUCCUAUUCACGAGAAGCUCUUCGCGGACAUCGCGGCAGGAGAUCAGCUGGGUCUCAAUUCGGCCUUCGAGACCACAGACCCUAAAGCCAAAGCAUUACUUCGAAAGCGAUCAAUAGCAUUGACACAACUUGUCAGGGACAAUCAACUGACUCACUUCCGCCAAAAACUUGCAAACUCAAUCCUUGAGCUUGACGAAGUGGGCCGAACAUUUGCACGUGCGGCUGCAGAUCCCAAGGAGAGUGUUGAGAGUCUGAAGGCUCUAGAAGAUCGUAUGAUAUCUCUCAAAUCGGAUUUUACCACUUUGCGGUCAAGCAUUCACUUUGUGCAGUUGGAAAGACAUGAACAUGCAAUCGAUGAUCUCCGCUUGACUCGAAUCUCUAACGAUAUCGAUGAUGGCAUUAUGGUACAUAGCCGACGACCAUUUGAACCUCUAUACAUCUACCCGGAUGAGAUUUAUCCUCGCGACUCCGCGCGCGGAGCCAUAUACUUCGAACCAAAUCCCAACCCGCCCGUUCUGAAGAAGGUCUAUGACCUACCGGACCCAAUGGUGCAACCGAUUCUCAACCGGUAUUUUGCACUGCUAGCCUUUGUGGGCUUCCGUGGUACGAUGCCGGUCGCUGAACUCCUUGAGACGAUUUUCCCGUUGGACACUAUCAAUAAUCAUGUGCGGGAUAUUCCAAGCCUCGCGAACUUCGCCGAAAGACGACUUAAGCCUGGCUGUGGGCCGGUGCCCUUGCCGGAUGGUUCGACGUUGGACCCGGCUUUCACCUACCAGGAAAAUGUGGACUAUGAUUUGAGUGGUGUUCGAGUCCGCACUCUUUCUGCGCAAACCCUGUUGGACAUUGCGAUCAAGUACGAGAGGCUUCCGGAGAAGCUCUCUAUCAUCACAUUCAACCGAGUUCUAGGCGGCACACUGACCCAGGCCCAACUAGGGGAGGACAUUAACACGAAGAUGAGAUAG